AUGGCUGUGAAUUCCCGUUCUUUACUCUUGGUUUUGACAUUGUUGGUUGCCGUGUCCACUCUUUUUGAAGUAUCGAUCGCACUAGGUGGCCGAAAGGCUAAGGAUCCCGACACCAAAUUUAAGCCUUUGGACCCAAAAGAUCCUAAGGUGGUGGAAGUGGCGGAGUACGCAAUCAACGAAUACAAUAAAGAGGCUAAAACCAACUUGAAAUUUGACCAUGUUUUUCAGGCAGCAUCGCAGGGCACAACUUACAAUCUUAUCAUUGAGGCUAGUAAUGGAUCAGUCUUGGAUAAGUAUGAUGCCGUGGUUUUAUUGAAUGGGGAUGCUAAAACCCUCGCUGCCUUCAAAAAACAGUGA